UGGGCCAAAGGAAACGCGCGUUUGUUCACUUUGGUCUGUCGUGCCGCACUAGAAAGCGAUUACAUCACGAAUAUGUUGCCCGCCUGGAUCGAUUUGAUUUUCGGCUACAAACAGACCGGACGUCGGGCGAAAGAAGCACUCAAUCUCUAUCAUCCUUAUACCUACUUCGGCGCAAUCGAUGUGGAUGUAAUCGGUGAUCCUAUUCGUGCACAGGCCGUGGAAGCCAUGAUUAGCAAUUAUGGACAGACACCGAAACAGUUAUUUCGACGUCGACCACAUCCUAAUCGUUUUGCUCCACCCGGAUUCGUUCCGGAUAGCCUCCCACCAUCGCCAACAGCCCAGGGCAUGGUUGUCCACUACUGUCCAGACGAUUGGAUUCCCGUACCUUUCAUGGACGAUCCACCUGAAUACAAUAAUGCGGUUGAAGAAGAGAACAGUGAUGACCUCUUGGAUCAACUAAUCCUGGUCCAGCACUCACGUCCAACUUUGUCCACAUACAGUGAAAUCACACCCUUGGAAACGGUAAUAGGCUUGCGAUGGGGUACUUGGGCCGGCAGUCCACAUGCACCCGCGCUUCAAGUUUUGUGGACAUCUGCCCCGGAACCAAGAUGCACAACUUAUAUUGGUCAUUUGUGUGGCGCAGUUUGGUUUGAUUCCAACUUCGAUGAGCAAUCCGUUUCCCGUCCUGAUCCCGCCUCGGCUCAACUGACUGCGAAAUCGUUAGAAGAGCUUUGGGAUGGGUGCGUUUUACAUCCAGAUCAUUCGAACCAACCGUCCUCAACUCGUCGGGUCACGCGUCCACGUCAACCCCCACAAGUGAAUUUAGAUCAUUGGCAAUGGACCGUUCUCGCCUCGGAAGCAAACACUCGAGUGUGGCUCAUCCCCGGUUCUGAUCAUCCAUACCUGGUCAAGAUUUCCUGUCUCGAUUCUCAGCCCAGAGCUGGAUUAUUGACCACAGAAUCGACAUUCAUUAUCCGUACAAGACCUCUGCAAUCAUGUGCAAACAAUAGAAUCAACACAGACAAUGAGAUUACACUAACCCUAUUACUACCAAUUGCACCGAGUGAAGAUACCGAUAGAAAAGAUUUGCCCCUGGUUACCACUUUGACAGUGUCUAACGUCUCCCGUUACGGAAGGCAGUUGNAGGCAGUUGUUUGUUGGUACCCGUACAGGUUUUCCUUAACACGCGCACUGCUCCGCGGAUGUCAAAUAGCAUGCUGGAUUGGUGUAUACAGUCCUUCGGGAAAACAAGUAACCGCUCGAAUCUUGGAUUUCUAUGCGGAAAUCAGUGACGGAUCCGCACAGGACCCGGAUCCCAGUUGGCGCAAUGUUGGUCUUGAUGGCCCAAAUGUCCCCAUGGCCUACUCCACUGUUCCUGAAGGCCGCGGUGUGAAUUGCCUACUUUUAGGUGGUCCUGGUGGACGUCUGGUUUGGCUGAACUCCUGGACUUUGGAUACGGUGCAUACCAUGCUACUGCCACAACCCGACGGGAAGCCGUCCCACGUGACUGCAUUGUGCUUCACGCCUUCUCUUCAACCGUUCAAUCAAAUCACACAGCAAUUGGGUGAGGCCCUUUGUCAGGGACUUUGUGUUGCAGAUCGGUCGGGAUACCUGUACUACUUGGCUCCAUAUGCUUACACCAUCAACCAGCAAGGUCGCAGUCUAUGGUCGUCUACUCCCGCGGCCGCUGCAGUGAAACCAAACGCCAAUACACCGGCCGAACACGUAGUGAACCUUUUGCAAAAGUCUAUAUGUCGCGGUGUUUGGUUGUCUAAUGAACUACAGGAACAACCGUUCAGCAGAUCCCAUUCAGUGAACUAUGUGAUAUAA